AUGAAUACCGAGGCUGUGUUUGAUACGGUUGCUAGACUGAAGCUCGGCAUCGACAAGAAGUUGAGAGCAUGUAUUGUCGAGUGGUUGAUUGAGGCACACAAGCUGUUCAAGUUCCCAACCGAGACUCUGUAUCUUGCCAUCAAUCUUUUCGAUCGAUUUUUGGCCGUUCAUCCAGUGGAAAAGAAGAAAUUGAGUUUGGUUGGAGUAACCGCCCUGCAGUUGGCUGCUAAGUAUGCUGGAAUAAGAGAAUCGAUCCCUUGUGUCUAUUUGUUUUCCCACCUGGCACUUACUUCGUGCCCUGUGAAGAAGAUUUCGUGCUCUGCAGAGCAGAUUCUAGAAAUGGAGUAUUUGAUCUUGAACAGCUUAGAGUAUGGAUUGUCAAUCCCAACUCCGUCCACAUUUAUGUGGAAGUUCCUUAAGGAAACUCAAUCUGAUGAUAAGUGUGGAGCGCUCACAUUUCGACCUUCUGUAUUGGCUGUCGCUGCACCGCCCCUGCCACUGUUGAAGGGUGUAAGCCAUCCAGCAAAAUCUAUGAGCAGUUAACCGGUUGUAGUGCCCAAACAAUCUUGAAAUGCUCGAGACUGAUGGUGACUUCCCAUCAAAAAGCGAGGAGUGUCAGGAGUGUGUAUAAGUACAACACGAGGGGAUACCAGUGGGUAGCUAGAGCUGAACCGGCUCGGUUGCUCUUGACCGAAUUUAGCAGGGCCAGGGUCUUCAUCUUUAAGCUUAUUUUGUUUCUCCUUAGAGACCGGUAACAAUAUUUGGUUUUAGAGUCUUUGUACUCAUUGAUGAUUCGAGUGUAUCGUUCAAAGCUCUUGAAUGGAAAGUUGCUUGUUCUCGGC